UCCCAAUUCAAAGCCAUCUCAAUUACUCCUCACAUUAACCAGCCAACAAUGGGCAGCCUCCACGCCAACGACAUCAUCGACACCACCGGCUGCCUCCAACACCCUCUCGACGCCGAAGAAUUCCGCCUCCACGCCCACAAACUAGUCGACUUCAUAGCUGAUUACUACAAAAAUGUGGCGAAAUAUCCCGUUCGGAGCCAAGUGGAGCCGGGCUAUCUCCGCAAGCUCCUGCCGGAGUCCGCUCCAAACCAGCCAGAGUCGAUCGAGGACAUCCUCAGCGAUGUUAGGAGCUGUAUUAUUCCGGGAUUGACCCACUGGAUGAGUCCCAAUUACUACGCUUACUUUCCGUCGAGCGGGAGCACGGCAGCUUUCCUUGGGGAGAUGCUGAGCACCGGUUUUAACGUUGUGGGGUUUAAUUGGAUGUCUUCGCCGGCGGCGACGGAGUUGGAGAGUGUUGUCAUGGAUUGGCUUGCGAAGCUGCUCUGUUUGCCGUCGGAGUUUCUGUUUUCCGGCGGCGGCGGUGGGGUGUUGCAGGGGACAACUUGUGAGGCUAUUCUGUGCACGCUCGCUGCGGCGAGAGAUCGCGCUUUAUCACGUGGCUGCGACAUCUCCCAGCUCAUCGUGUACGGCUCCGACCAAACCCACUGCGCCCUUCAAAAAGCCGCCCAAAUCGCUGGCAUUCCCUAUUCCAACUUCCGCACCAUCAAAACCACCGUCGCCGACGCCUUCGCCCUCACCGCCAACUCUCUCAGCCUCGCCAUCGACUCCGACAUCUCCGCUGGCCUCAUUCCUCUCUAUCUCUGCGCCACCAUCGGCACCACCUCCUCUACCGCGGUCGACCGUCUCCCCGAAUUGGCCCAACUCACUUCGCAGCACAACAUCUGGCUCCACGUCGACGCUGCCUACGCCGGCGCAGCCUGCAUUUGCCCUGAAUUCCGCCACUUCAUCGACGGCGUCGAACUCGCCGAUUCCUUCAGCUUUAACGCCCAUAAAUGGUUCUUUAACAACCUCGAUUGCUGUUGCCUAUGGGUCAAAUCCCCGACCGCGCUUAUCAAAUCGCUUUCCACAAAUCCCGAGUAUUUAAAGAAUAAGGCGACCGAGUCCAAACAGGUCGUGGACUAUAAGGAUUGGCAAAUCGCGUUGAGCCGCCGGUUCAGGUCUCUGAAGAUGUGGAUGGUUCUUCGUGGGUACGGAACGGCUAAUCUGAGGCAGUUUCUGCGAGGGCAUGUUAGGAUGGCGAAGGUUUUCGAAGGGCUGGUGAGGUUGGACCGCCGGUUUGAGGUUGUGGUUCCGCGGUACUUUUCGACGGUUUGUUUUCGGGUUCGAACCGGAGGAGAUGAGGCGGAAGAGAACGAGAUGAACCGGCGUAUUUUGGAGAGUGUGAACGCGGAAGGGAAGAUUUACAUGACGCAUGCGGUGAUCGGAGGGGUUUACGUUAUGCGUUUCGCCGCCGGCGGGACUUUGACGGAGGAGAGGCACGUGAGAGAGGCGUGGGUUGUUAUUAAGGAGCACGUGGAGAAAUUUAUGCCAAAUGUUAAAGUGAUGGACGGAUAGUGAUUGAGACACGUGUGCAUGUUAGUUGAAGAAAGUUUAUAUGCUGAAGAUAUUGUAUUUUUUAUUUAUUUAUUUGAAUAAAUGUAUGAAUUGUUUACUUUGUAAGCUCCAAUAUCAAUGAUUUUGGAAUAUUCUGAUUAUGGAAUCGUCCCCCAUUUGGUGGAUGAGGAUUUUUAUAAAAAUAAUUGUCAAGUUCCUCGGACAAUAUAUUUUCAUUGUAUUAUAUGUUGGAGUCUAAAAAAAUUGGAUUUGUGCGAACUUAAGUAAUUUGCUCAACUUA